ACACAUUCUGGGGACACCAGAGACUUAUAUUGCAUCUUGUAAAUGGGGCAUUAUGGGUCCUCUUUAAAGUUCUCUAUAGAGCCUAUUCAUCUAAGAGUGUGGUUUAGAGCACUGAAAAUAAUCAUGUAAAUAUUUUUUAUUCAGACUUUUAAAAGGCUCUCUUUGAGGAAGUGCAGCACAAUUUCUUGUUUUAUAAAGGCUUUACACAAGAUUGUGUUGUGAUUCGAUACACAUCAGUUUAUACUUUGUUCUUUGUCGUCUGUGAGAUAUGGUCAGUUAUUUGUGUGUGUGUGUGUGUGUGUGUGUGUUAUCUGCGUUAUAUAAGUGAACCUCAUCUGUGUGAUGUUAAUCUGUUGGUUUUUAUCUUCGUUUAUGGCUCUUGUUUCAUAAAUGCUCAUAAAUAUCUUCAUAUCAGUCACUAAUAAUCACUAAUAAAUCUGGCACUGUUGAGUUAUUCAUGCACUUUACAUUUACAGUCCCUCAUGAGUGCGUCUGUCAGUCGUUUACUGGUUCUCUGUGUCCAUGAACUCUUGACUUGUUUGUGAUCCGAUUGGUGGAGAUGGUGUUUGCAUCACAGAAGGGUCAGAGGUCGCACGUCUGAACUAAUUAAUGCAGUUUCUGUAAGUGUUUUCCUGAUUGUCCAGCUGCGGUCUUGUCAUGUUUGGUGUCCGUGUGUCCGUCCUCUGUUAUCUGCUGGCUUUGGCGUCCAUGACCUCUGGGACAGCUGAAGAGGAGAACCCAGAGUUCUGGAGGAGUUCGGCUCAGAACACUCUGCGUUCGGCUCUCGGCAGGACACUCAACACUAAUGUGGCCAAAAACAUUGUGCUGUUUCUGGGAGAUGGUAUGGGUGUGACCACCAUCACGGCCGCCCGCAUCCUAAAGGGUCAGUUACAGAAGCGCUCGGGAGAGGAGACCGUCAUGAAUAUGGACACGUUCCCGUAUGUGGGUCUUGCUAAGGUUUACUCAGUGGAUUUUCAGAUUCCUGACAGUGCAGCGACGGCUACAGCGUAUCUGUGUGGAGUCAAAACCAACCUGAACACUGUUGGCGUGAGCGCAGCCGCUCGUAACGGUGUGUGUCGCUCGCAGAAGGGCAACGAGGUCACGUCCAUCCUCAAAUGGGCUAAAGACGCAGGGAAGUCUGUGGGCAUAGUGACAACAACACGCGUUCAACACGCCACGCCUGCUGCUACAUACGCUCACAGCGCCAGCCGCACGUGGUACGGAGACGCCGACCUGCCGGCUUCUGCAGUCGCCGAAGGCUGCAUGGAUAUCGCCUCACAGCUGCUCCGAAACACAGACAUAGACGUGAUCAUCGGAGGAGGUCGGAAGUACAUGACACCUAAAGGGUUUCCCGAUCCGGAGUAUCCCGAAGACCUGAGCGCACAGGGACAGAGAAAAGACAACAGAAACCUCAUCGAUGAGUGGCUGAGCAUGAAGGAGGGAAAGGUUGCGAGAUACGUGUGGAAUAAGGCGGACUUUGACGCCGUGGACCCUGAAAAGACUGAUUAUCUGAUGGCCCUCUUUGAGCCCGGUGAUCUGAGGUUUGAUGCGGAGAGAGACCACAGCAUGGAUCCAUCUAUCUCAGAGACCACAGAGAAAGCCAUUCAGAUCCUGAGAAAAAAUCCCAAAGGAUUCUUCCUGCUGGUAGAAGGUGGCCGUAUUGAUCAGGGACACCACGACAGUCGCGCCUCCAUGGCGCUGCAUGAGGCGGUUGCCCUUGAUGAAGCUGUAGCCCGCGGACUGGAGCUGACCAAUGAGGAAGAGACUUUGACAGUCGUCACGGCUGACCACUCCCACGCAUUUACCUUUAACGGCUACCCGUUCAGAGGGAACAGCAUUCUGGGUAAAUCUACAAUCUUUGCCUCUGACUUUUUACCCUACACAACUCUGAUGUACGGAAACGGACCGGGACACAAAAUCGUUAACAACAAGCGUCCAGACAUCCGCAACGUCGACACCGCCGAUAAGGAUUAUGUUCAGCAGUCGGCCGUCCCGCUGGGGUCUGAGACCCACGGAGGGGAGGAUGUGGCGCUGUUGGCCCGCGGCCCCAUGGCUCAUCUCUUCCAGGGUGUUUAUGAGCAGAACUACAUCGCACAUGCCAUGGCUUACGCGGCCUGCGUCGGUGCCAAUCAGGAACACUGCGGUGUGGCUGCUGAGCCUGUUAAGAUGGGCUACACAAAUAUUCACCAGAGGAGCUCCGCCCCCGACAUGCCCCUCUGCGCCAUGAUGACGGUGAUGCUGAGUGCAUUGAUGAGUGUUUUACUGCACUGAGAGAGGCAGCAGCAGAUAUUCACCAAUCAAUCAUAAUUUGAGAAUUUGAAAUAAACCUUUAAAGGGGUCAUGAACUGCAUUGUUUUAAUUUUUAUAAUGUUCCAUGGGGUGCACUUAUAAUGUUAGUAUGUAUUUUACAUCAAAAAUU